AUGGAAGCAGAAAAGUGUUUUGCACGAAGUUUUUUGCAGCAAUUAGAGCAAAAACCAGUAAAAUUUUCAGAAGAAUUCAUUGCACCGCUUUCACGCCUUGAUAUAGUACCUCAAGAGGUAAUUUUGAAUGAAAAAAAAAAAUUGACAAAAAUACAGUUAAAUUUACCAGAAAUAAAUCUUCCUCAAUGGGACGGUUUAAAUGAAGUAGAAAAAAGAGAUUCAGAACAGAUUGAUAUUACAAUUAAAACAUUAAGAGGACCUAAAAAAACUACUAAUAUUAAAGCUCGACACUCAGAUACGAUAUAUUGUAUCAAAAAAAGUGUUUCAAAUGCGUUUAAUGUUGAUUUAUCUCAAAUUCGGCUUUUGAACAAGGGAAAAGUGCUUAUGGAUACAAAAUUAGUAUCAGACAUAUUAGAAUCAAAUCAAACAAAAGCACUGCUUCAACUUAUGAUUAUGGAAAAGAAGGUACCAGCAGAGAAGACACAAAUCUCAUGUAAAAUAACUGAACCAACAACUACAACACAAAACGAAACAGUUCAAUUAUUGAAGCUAGAUACAUCUUUUUGGGAAGACUUAAAGGCAUUUCUUUCAACAAAAUUAGACAGUAAUACUUGCCAUGCAUUAUAUAACAUUUUUAAACAAGCAUAUGCAAAUACUAAAACUUAA